AUGCCUUUUUUGUUCCCGCAAUUGAGCAGGAAAACCAGACGGCGAUCUAGGGCCUAUCUGGAGUACUGCACCGCACGGGUCGCACCGGGAGUCCGAGAACUGACGGAGGCAACGCAUUACUUACCUCAACCUCGGGCCACACCACCCUCUCGAGACAUGGACAAAAUGGGCAGGAGAUCCCAAAAAUCACAACCAGGUGUGAGUAAGGACACCCUGGAUAUCAGCGCCAUGUUACAGCGCUCCACUACCACAAAGAUGGUGACCUCGUCUGACCGCAAUGAGAGCUCGGACUGCUCUGAACUGCCUUUGGAGGAAAUGAGGGAGCCCUCCCCAACUCGACCUGCACAGACAGCGAAGGUAUGGCAAAAUAACCAGAUACCAGCUACCAAGCAAGACAUUUAGGAUUUAUUAUAAGAUAUGGGACAGCUACCUGAAACUGCUCAAAACUGCAAUUAGCGCAGUUACUGCGUGCACACAGGCCUCAGAGGAUAACACCCUGCAUCUGAGGCAGCAGGUACAGGGCCUAAAGAAAUCUAUUAACCUGAUGCAGUGCUCCUACGAUACCCUAACAGCCAGGGUUGAUCAGGCAGAGGACCAUCACAGACGCACAAACAUAAAGAUUUGGGCAUUCCAGACUACAUAA